AGAAGAGAGACACAGAUCUUCUAGAAAAAGCACAACAUGACCAUGAAUAGCACCUUCACAGGAUAUCAUGGAAUUCAGAGUCGCACGGCACAAGCAUUUUUUCAGCAAUGCUGGUCUAGCAAAAUAUACUCAUUUGUAGCAUUCAGUAGCUAAGUACUUGAGGUGUUCACACCGGCAUAUUCACAGCUGAUGAACACAGUGCCACACCUGCUGCUCUUGUAACAAAUCACACCUUAAACUGUUGGAAAAAAUUGAUGCAACUUGCACCAUGCAAGCUAACCAGUUUCUGCAAUCAUGCAUGACUGCGCAGUCUUCUACAUAGGAUAAAAAAGGCAAUGAAGGCGAGCACAGCAAUGAAAAACAUGCCGCAUGCAGCGCUAACAGACUCUACUGACAAGAGGGCUCAGUUGGGCAUUGCACAUAAAAUUGUCGUGCACGCAAGCUUCUCAGGCGCAAACCAAAACUGCAUGCGGAGUGAGGCCACUGCCCUGCAGACAGUACCGCAGCAUUGCCUCGGGUCCACUCAGGAACUCAUGGGGCAGGUAACAAGACUGGUGCUGCAUAUAUUCACUCGCGAGCGUGGCAGCCCUUUGUUUCAUUUACAUGGCGCUCGCACUGCUUUGAUGCCUGCAUAUCUCUUUCUAUACUGUCAGCAACGUUGCAGGCUGCUGGGUUGAAGCC